AGGCUGGUCUCAAACUCCUGGCUUCAAACAGUCCUCCCGCCUUGGCCUCCCAAGUGUGGGGAUUACAGGCGUGAGCCACUGCACCUGGCCGUGAAUUUCUUCUGAAAGCAAAUGCUGUCUCUACCUGUCUCGGCCUGGACUGUGGGGCCUAGAGGUUAAAGGGUGGAGACUUGCUUCCUCCUCAUGACUUUUUUUCCACCCUGUGUCUCACAGCCAACACUCCCGCAGCCAUCUUCAGCGGGCAAGCCUGGAAGGAAUUGGGCCUAUCAGUCAUUUAGAGUUCUGCACUGGUGUGCAAAGCAGUGGUAUUUCCAGCUCGCCUUCCAGCAUGGCUAGAGGGUUAGGAAAAUAAAUUAUUAUUAUUGUUUUUUAACAUAUUCAGCACGAGAGCCCCAGGUGCCCUAGCAAAAGACCUGGGCUUUGGUUUCAGCUUGGCCAAUAAUGUAUUUACCUCGAGCAAAUCAGGGCCCCUCUUUGGACAUCUGAGCAUAGUAAUCCUUGUCCUUAAUUGGGUUGUUGUGAGAGGCUAGUAAGAUAGUAACUUGAUUAGAAAUAGGUGCAGCAGAAGAUACUGUCUAUGCUUUGCAAAGCUGAAAGAUGAAAACUUACCCCAAGCUCUUUAUUACUUUCUUUGCCUUGUGAUUUUUUUUCAGGCCACCUCAUGUAUGCAGAGACCGUGUGUGUCUGAUCUGCUGGGAUCCUAUAGCUGGAACAGUUGUCAAGGACUAGGCAGACUGGUCCUCUCUCAUUACUCCUUCUAGGGUGGGGAUUUUCACAGUCUUUAUAACAGGCCGGAACCAAGGUUCCUUGGGUGCCAGGCUGUAUCCACCUCCUUGCCUUUGCUCUGCUGUUUCUUCUGCCUGGGGCACCCUUCUUUCCUGGUCAGUUUCUAUUAUCAAGACUACUCAGGGUCUCCUCUAGAAGGGCUUUGACUCUCACUCCACCCCUUCAGCCCAUCCCACCCCUAAGUUUAACUAAACUAGACACAGUAUAGUGAAUGGUUAAGAACCAGCCUGCUUCACCACCUACUAACUGUGAGACCUUGGACAGGUUUCUUGUUUUCUGUGAGCCUCUGUUUUGUCACUGAUAAAAUGAGGAUAAUAAUAGAACUAACCUUAGAGUUUUUGUGAGCAUUAAUCCAUGUAAAGCCAGUUAACUGGGCAAGUAAGUUAAUGCUGAGAAAAGCACUUAGAGGCCAGGCACUCACACCUGUGAUCCCAGCACUUUGGGAAGCCAAGAUGGGCAGUUUGCUUGAGCUCAGGAGUUUGAAACCAGCCUGGGCAACAUGGCGAAACCCCAUCUCUAUUUUUAAAAAGAAAAAGAAAAAAGAAAUUAACUUAGAGGAGCUCUUCAUAUCAUUAAGCCUGGCCCAAUAUCUGAGAUAUGACACACCUGGUAGCUCAUGUCCCCCGUGCUCCUCUGCUUGUCUGUGAAGGCUCAAGAGGUGACAGUUUCAUCACCCCAGCCUCUGUCUCUUCAUGUUGUCAUUGAGACUGUUCCAGCCUUUUAUGGCAUGUUUUUUGAGGGGCCUAAUUCACUUCUAUUCCAUGAUUCAUUUAACAUGUAUGUCCCUUCUGUGGGUCAGGCCAAGUGAUACUGUGAAAAGAACACUGGACAGCAAGACAGGAGACCUUGGAUCUGCCGCUUACUGACUGUGAGGAGGGUCACGCAGCACAAUGCCAGCUCUGCCCCUGGACCAACUCCAGAUCACCCACAAGGACCUGAAGACAGGAAAGCUGAGGACUUCACCAGCGCUGCACCCCGAGCAGAAGGCAGACCGGUAUUUUGUGUUAUACAAACCGCCCCCUAAAGACAACAUUCCCGCCCUAGUGGAGGAGUACCUGGAACGCGCCACCUUCGUAGCCAAUGACCUCGACUGGCUCCUGGCCUUGCCUCACGAUAAAUUCUGGUGCCAGGUGAUCUUUGAUGAGACUCUACAGAAGUGCCUGGACUCCUACCUGCGCUAUGUCCCCCGCAAGUUUGACGAGGGGGUGGCCUCAGCCCCUGAGGUUGUUGACAUGCAGAAGCGCCUCCAUCGAAGUGUUUUUCUCACCUUCCUCCGCAUGUCCACUCACAAGGAAUCCAAAGAUCACUUCAUUUCCCCUUCUGCGUUUGGAGAAAUCCUCUACAAUAACUUCCUCUUUGACAUUCCAAAGAUCCUGGACCUCUGUGUGCUCUUUGGAAAAGGCAACUCACCACUGCUCCAGAAGAUGAUAGGAAACAUCUUUACACAGCAGCCAAGUUACUACAAUGACCUGGAUGAAACCCUGCCUACCAUCCUUCAGGUCUUCAGCAAUAUCCUCCAGCACUGUGGUUUGCAAGGGGACGGGGCCAGUACCACACCCCAGAAGCUCGAGGAGAGGGGCCGAUUGACCCCCGGUGACAUGCCUCUCCUGGAGUUAAAGGACAUUGUUCUCUACCUUUGUGAUACCUGCACCACACUUUGGGCCUUUCUGGAUAUCUUCCCUUUGGCUUGCCAGACCUUCCAGAAGCAUGACUUUUGUUACAGACUAGCUUCCUUCUACGAAGCAGCAAUUCCCGAAAUGGAGUCUGCAAUUAAGAAGAGGAGGCUUGAAGAUAGCAAGCUUCUAGGUGACCUGUGGCAGAGGCUCUCCCAUUCCAGGAAGAAGCUGAUAGAGAUUUUCCACAUCAUCCUGAAUCAGAUCUGCCUCCUUCCCAUCCUAGAAAGCAGCUGUGACAACAUUCAAGGCUUCAUCGAAGAGUUCCUUCAGAUCUUCAGCUCCUUGCUGCAGGAGAAGAGGUUCCUCCGGGACUAUGAUGCACUCUUCCCCGUGGCCGAAGACAUCAGCUUGCUGCAGCAGGCCUCGUCAGUCUUGGAUGAGACGCGGACUGCCUACAUCCUCCAGGCAGUCGAGAGUGCAUGGGAAGGGGUGGACAGACGGAAAGCCACAGAUGCUAAAGAUCCAUCAGUGACUGAGGAGCCUAAUGGGGUCACGGUGAUGGCAGAGGCAGUCAGUCAAGCGUCAUCACACCCGGAGAACUCGGAGGAAGAGGAGUGCAUGGGAGCAGCCGCGGCUGUGGGCCCUGCUGUGUGUGGGGUGGAGCUGGACUCACUCAUCUCCCAAGUGAAGGACCUGCUGCCAGACCUUGGUGAGGGCUUCAUCCUGGCCUGCCUGGAGUACUACCACUACGACCCAGAGCAGGUGAUCAACAAUAUCCUGGAGGAGCGGCUGGCCCCCACCCUCAGCCAGCUGGACCGCAACCUAGACAGAGAAAUGAAACCAGACCCUACACCCCUGCUGACGUCUCGCCACAACGUCUUCCAGAAUGACGAGUUUGAUGUGUUCAGCAGGGACUCAGUAGACCUGAGCCGGGUGCACAAGGGCAAGAGCACCAGGAAGGAGGAAAACACGCGGAGUUUGCUGAACGACAAGCGUGCAGUGGCGGCACAGCGGCAGCGCUACGAGCAGUACAGCGUGGUGGUGGAGGAGGUGCCACUGCAGCCAGGCGAGAGCCUGCCCUACCACAGUGUCUACUACGAGGAUGAGUACGAUGACACAUACGAUGGCAACCAGGUGGGCGCCAAUGAUGCAGACUCAGACGACGAGCUCAUCAGCCGCAGGCCAUUCACCAUCCCUCAGGUGCUGAGAACCAAAGUGCCUAGAGAAGGGCAGGAGGAGGAUGACGACGAUGAGGAAGAGGAGGCUGACGAGGAGGCUCCCAAGCCUGACCAUUUCGUGCAGGACCCUGCAGUGCUGAGAGAGAAAGCAGAAGCCAGGCGCAUGGCCUUUCUCGCCAAGAAGGGGUACCGGCAUGACAGCUCAACAGCAGUAGCCGGCAGCCCCCGGGGCCAUGGGCAGAGCCGCGAGACAACCCAGGAACGCAGGAAGAAGGAAGCCAACAAGGCAGCAAGAGCCAACCACAACCGGAGAACGAUGGCUGACCGCAAGAGGAGCAAAGGCAUGAUCCCAUCCUGAGGCCUGGUGCAGGGCCAGUGGGGAGGCAGCGGCACCAGACUCACCAGGCUGCGCUCCCAUCGCCUGGGGCCUCCUCACCAGGGUCCCCAAGUUCAACUCAACCCCUCAACAGCCUCAGCUUUGCAGCCCGAGAAGGCCGCCUCUCAUCUACCAGCCAGCCAUGAGCGCCUUCCUGCAGAACACACAGUGCCUUAUGCCACAGCCGAAGAAUCCAUGGGGCCAGCAAGCAGGCACCUUCCCCCAGCCGUGCUGGUGGGAAAGGGACGGGCAUGGAGUCCCAAGGCAAGCGCCACAAACCUCGGGCCACAAGACACCACUUCCCCUUUACCCUGGACAGCAGGAAACCUGUAUAUUCAAAAACAGAAAGAGGCCUGCUAAUAAAAUUUUUGACCCUUUCAAACGAA